UUUAAUAUUGCAUCGUCAAAUUGGAAGUACACAUACUUUACAGUAUUUCGUAGAUUCAUUUCUAAAUGUGUAAAAAACGAUGGGUAAAAAGCAGACAGCGCCCCCCUGUGGGAGGAAGAGGAACUCUUCAGGUUCUCCUCCUGCUUCCUGUUGCCAAUGACAACGGCCUCCAAACAAACCGACCCCACAGAGGGGAAUCCGCGUGAACGGGCCCGAACCCGAACAGCAGCAAAGUUUGAUCCACUUCGCGAACAGCAAAAUGAGCUCUCCUUUGUCCAUGCUGAAGAAGAUGCGGCGUGCGCCCCUGUGGGGCCCUCGGAAGGAGCAGGGUCAUAAACCAAAGGUGCCUUUCAGGAGGAAUCUGCUGCAAGAAUUUCAGGAAGGACUAAUAGCCGAUGACUCUUCUGUUUGCAAUCCGCCGUCCUCCUCCCACAAUCCUGUGGACGCCAGCGCCACAAAGUCCAAAGGCCCACCAAAGCCCGGAGCUCCUCCGAGCGACUUUGAGCUCAUGUCUUCCAUGAUGCAGCGAGUGACGCUGCUGGAGCAAACAGUCAAGCACCAACAGCAGGAGAUAAAGCACAAGGAAAGAAAGAUUUCCGUUCUAGAACGAAGGCUGAAGGCUCAGGAAGAGUCAGGAGGUGCAGGCUCUCAGAGUGGCAGAGACGAUCUGGAACGAAGGUGCAAACAACUGCAAAGUCAGGUGCAUGAAAUGGAGGACUUCCUAAACGACUAUGGUCUGAUAUGGGUGGGGGAGGGAGAGAUGAGUGAUCCAGCCGAUACUGAGCAGACAUGUGACCCCCAUCCGGGGCAGCCAGGCACGUCUGCCCACGGGAGCUUCCACAUGAACUUUGACCUGGUGGUGCAGAGGAUCCGGGAGCUGAACGUGCUGGCUGGGGAGGGGGAGUCGUUCGUGCAGUCCACAGCGACGGGAGCAAAGCUGGCCAAAAAGGAGCCCGUUCAGCUGAGGCUGUACAGCAACGGCGUGGUCAUGUUCGACGGGCCUUUCCGCUCCUUCCAGGAGGACAGCGCCCGGCAGUGCAUGCAAGACUUAAUGGACGGGUAUUUCCCAUCCGAGCUUCAGCAAAGAUUUCCAGACGGCGUGCCCUUCCAGGUUCACGACCUGCGGCACCAGGAAUUCACCGCCAGGCUCCCGGCGGGCGCCUUCCCCGGUGAAGGCCAGGCCGUCGGCGGGGAGGAAGAGGAAACAACAAAUGCAGCCUUCCAUCGGAUUCCAGGGAGGAAGCUGACGCUGGAUCGGUUCCUCAACAAGCUGCCGAGGUCUGUGGUCAGGGCCGGCCGGGUGGUGGAGGUCAGGGAGCCGCUGAGAGCCAUGCUGGGGCAGGGUUCACAGGACGCCCAGAGCAGCUGCCCCCCCAUCCUCAUACACACCCCGGCACAAGCAGCCAUGGACAGGAGCAACACGGCGCUCUGUGACACGCGCCGGCCCGAGAGGGCCGUCGUCACGCUCAAGCUGAGGUCGGAGGACGGGAGCGAGGCUUACAUCGUGAGGAUGUACCUCUCGGAGACAGUCGGUCAGCUGCGGGGCCACCUGGACAGACACAGAGGGGCCGGCCGGCCCGGCUACCACAUCAUCAGCGCCUUCCCGCAGCAGAGCUUCGACGACGACAGCCGGACGCUGGGAUCCUGCGGACUCUCCACAAACGCCACCCUGCUGCUGCGAAAGGCCGAGCACAGCCACUCACUGGCAGAAGAGAAUAAAGGUACUAAAGUUUAUGAAAUGGGAGAGUUUGCUUUUUUGCUGCAUCGUGGAAGGAAGGACACAAUACCAGUUAACCAUGCCAAAUAAAGAAAGACAUCAGGCAUUGUAUUCCACUACUACGAUGAACUAUUCUGAAAGGUCA